AUGGGAUGGUUUACUAAAGAUAACGAUGACAAAAUGCCAAACACCCGUUCCCAGCGUAAGCAGUGCUGGGAUUCAAGGGACGAAUUCUUUACAUGUCUGGACAAAAUUGGAGUUGUUAAUGCACUGGAUCCUAAGCGUUCAAAGGAUGUUUCAAAGGAAUGUGGUAACCAAGAGCACUCAUUUGAAGAGAAUUGUGCAAACAGUUGGGUGAAAUAUUUCAAGGAAAAGAGAUUAGUCGAUUAUCAAAAGAGACAAUUUUUGGAGAAGGUGGAAAAGGAUAAUGCACAAGUCGUUAAUUUGACUCCAUCAUCGCAGUUAGAGGGAACCCCUAGAAAUCGUUAG